CCUUCAUUCUCAGCGCGCAAAUCCAAUCAAAUACAAUCAAAUAUUCACGCCACCUACGCACACGCCAUUCAGUGCUGUAUUUGCAUUACUUAAACUCCACAUUGAUCCGUAACGAAACCAAUCUGUAACUUCUGAUCAACCAGAAAUCUCUUCUAAAACAUCCAUAUCUAAAAUGGUUGUUUCCAAUGAGAGUGGUCAUAGCCAGAGCGUGUCUUUCGGCAUCUUCAAACCCGAGGAGGGCUGUAACAUUGAGGAUGCACUUGCCUACAUGGCCACUGUGGCUACUCUUAUCGAAAAGACCCACAACAUUACAGUCACUAUUCUCAGAUGCCUUGAUUUUUCAUGGACUGCUGUUUUUGCAGCAGGCAAAGAUGAAUCCUUAAAUGAAGAUAAAUCGACCUCAAAUCUACCUGAGGCAGCUGCAUUCACCAAGGGAUUGAAGUGUGCAGUGAGAAUAGUUGACUCAGGCUGGUUCCGCUUCACUUCACCCGAACCAGGUAAAGGGGUGCCGUUUGCAAAGCUCUCAGUUGGAGACAUCGUGAGUAUGCGUCGAAUAUACUGCAGUUGGAAGAGACAGGAAGUGCUCUCUUACUCCUGCCUCGCCAUUCUCAGAUCUUAUUUUAACUGCUACAAAGGAAUGAUUUCCUUGUCUUUCUAUGACUCCUUAGAUGGAAGCAGAUAAUUGGUCUUGGAGUGUGGGAUAGAGUAGAAUCGGCCUUAGCUCUGGAAAAAUAUCCUCACAGGAAUCCUGCACUGCCAUAUUGGAAAGAUAUGGGAGCAAAGAAGCUCGAGUACAAUUUGUGCCAGGUUGUCUAUGUGACCUACAGAAGUGGUGCCCAAAAUAGCAGGCCAGGCAUGGAUAACUUGACGGUCGUACAGAGGGAAGCCAUUUUAGAAGUGCCUGGUCUGUUUAGGGUUGCUUCGCUCUCUGGGAAAGGACUUACACCUUCUAAGCAGUGCCCUUGCAUGGACCCGGAAGUGGAGAUUAAGGGAGCGAGUAUUCUGGAAGGGAAGUCAGGGAGGGAUGAUGCAGAUGAAUGAUAUUUAGGAAUACAGUAAUAGAAAGUAGAUCGGAAACUUUCAGUCAUAUUCUAAAGACAACCCCUUAAAAUUCUAAUACAGGAGCUUUUGUUUUCUUGUUUGUAUUAUAAGUUUAGUUUUCUCAUAGUUCUUACAACUAUUCCAUGAGACCACAUCCUUGGUAUUAUCAUAAGCUAAAGAGUUUAUCUUUGUUCAAUA